AAAGUUGAGCGUCUAAAGCACCUAGAUUCCAUAGUGCCCUCCUCCAACCUACGAGUGAGUCGUUAAAAGGAGAUGAUGGCACUGCUGGGUAUAUGUCAACAAUUUGCUUCUUUGUCUGUAAGAUGUCUUCCAAAAGUAACUCGACACUUGCAAGUGAAGACUGGAAUAAUGUCAGGAAUAAAGACCAAUUUUGCAACUGGAAGUGUGAAUUUGCGAAGCCUAUCAACCCUACAAAUUGGCAGCAAUACAAGGACAGAUGCUCAUAGUCUAUGUCAGAAAUAUCACUUUCCCCAAAUCUCAUUACAGCGUGAUAUGACAUUAGGCCAAUUGCAUAGACGAGGAAAAGUCAAAAAGAAGAAGAAGAAGUAUGGUAUUCUUGGUGGAAAUGCUUAUAAAAGAGGUCUUGUAUUAAAAGCCAUUAUAAAAAAGCCCAAAAAACCUAAUUCUGCCUCCAGAAAAUGUGUACGAGUAAAGCUUAGUAACGGAAUUGAGACUACAGCAUAUGUCCCAUAUGAGGGACACAAUCUACAGGAGCACUCUAUGGUACUGCUCAAAGGAGGUAGACUUCAGGACGUCCCAGGAGUAAGACUGUGUUGUGUUCGUGGAAAAUAUGACUUGCCACAUGUCAUCAAAAAGAAAAAAGUAUGAAUGUAUAUCUGCAAUUCUACUGGCUUGCUUCAUGUCUUCAAAAAUAAAUUGAUUUUGCAUUUUUA